CUCUCUCCACGUCGACACCACGCGACUCCCCCACGACGGCCAUAUGUCCCCUGCCACCGCCACGCGUAGCGGCGCACGAUCCCCACGCACGACGGAAGCAAUAAAACGAGCACGUCCCUCCUCCUCCUUUGCGACUCUGCGGGAAGGAGAAUUCAAAAGUAGUUCGCGAGAAGAGAGAGAGGCCGAGAAAGGUGAAGAAGAAGUAAUGGCAACGACUCACCCGGACAUCCCCGGCGAGCCCACCCACACCGGCACCGCGCUGCUCGAAACUGCCAACGCCGCCAUCCAGACCUUCGGCCCUCUCAACAAGAUCCACCAACACCUCUGCGCGUUUCAUUUCUACGCGCACGACAUGACGCGGCAGGUGGAGGCCCACCACUACUGCGGCCACCAGAACGAGGAGAUGCGGCAGUGCCUCAUCUACGACGGCCCCGGCGCCGACGCCCGGCUCAUCGGCCUUGAGUACAUCGUCUCCGAGAGCCUCUUCCUGGCCCUGCCCGACGAGGAGAAGCCGCUGUGGCACAGCCACGAGUACGAGGUGAAGGGCGGGUACCUCUUCAUGCCGGGCACCCCGGGCCCGAUAGAGAGGCAGGACCUCGGCAAGGUGUGCAAGACCUACGGCAAGACCAUCCACUUCUGGCAGGUCGACCGCGGGGACAGCCUCCCGCUGGGCCUGCCCCAGAUCAUGAUGGCCCUCACCAGGGACGGCCAGCUCAAGGAGGACCUCGCGCAAGACGUCGAGAAGCGAUUCGGGGUAUCGUUCAGGAAGGAGAGGGAGAACCGGGCGUACAUGAAGGGGCUCGAGCACGGGAUACACCCGCUCGCAAACGCUGCCGGGAAGGGCCUGGAGACGCAGCUGAGGGAGGUGGAGUGCAAGCCCGCGGAGUCCGUGCCCAGAGUCUUUGUUUGAAAAGAGGGCGUCUGUAU